CAGUGUCAUUCAAAAAUGCUGCGCUUACUGAUCUUUCUGGGAAUCGGAGUACUUGGCUGCCAGGCAGCCUGCAAUUCAUGUUCGACCCAUAAAAAGUCUUGUGCAUCGCCAACCGAAUUCCAGUUCUGCUCAGCUAACUUCGUGCCCAAAGGAAAACUUUACUCCUGUCCCAAAGGAUACUACUGCACAGGGAAUUCUCCUGUUUGCAGCACCAAUGCAACCUUAGCCAGUUGUACAGGAUCCGAGGAUAAUGUCACGGAAUAUUGUCGAUCUAUAAGAUGGCUUGGACGAUUUCCAUACGGGGAUGAUACAAAUAUCUCUAUCAAGCAGUAUAUAUACUGUUUUAUCUCUGGUGGAUUGUUUUAUGGAAAAGUAUACUCCUGUCCCGGAUCCACUUACUUCGACAGCAACUCCAACACUUGCGCCACCCAAACGGGUACUAACUCAUAUUUGUCCCUUAACGAUUGAUUGCUGCUGUAAAGUGAAGUACCUAGCUAUCUAAACCGAAAAGCACAAACAAAGGAAUUCACAUGAAAUUAUAUGCAAAGCAUAAAAUUGUUAUAGUAUCAAAGUCUGUUUUUCUUUGUUUUUAAGCAAUAAAAUGUUAUAAGUUUUUACCAAAA